AAUAUUUUGUUUUUUACAAGUCGGAUAACGGCCAACACGCCAAAGCUGACGAGAGAGGAGAAGUAUUAAAGCAAGAUACCAAUGCUGUGCCGCCCGUUUCAAAUUCAUCGAAUUAUUCAACAACGAAUACUGCAGCGACACAUUUGUGGGCCAAUAUUACGCCUUCGCAGUCUGCGUCGUUACAGGCUCUUCAUCAGUCCAUGCAAAAUGCGGUGGGUAUGAAUUCUCUUGGUACUUUGACAGCCGUUGCUCAGCAUCAGCAUCAUCAGCAACAACAACAACAACAACAGCAAGAUACACGAUACCAAUCUCCAUCCCAACAUACACAGCAACCGUCUCCGUCUCAACAGCAGCAGCAGCAACAACAACAACAACAACAACAACAAUCACCUCAGCAGCAUAACGUUUCAACACAGUCACCAGAGCAACGCGGUUCGCAGCGGCCAGCCCUUGCACCGGCAUCCGGCGAGUCACAGCAGCUGGUAGAUCAGGAUCCGGCCACCAAACCUGCAGUGGGCACAGACGAAUGGCAUCGUCAACGGCGCGAAAACCAUAAACAAGUGGAACGUCGACGUCGUGAAACAAUUAAUGAGGGGAUCAACGAAAUUGCGCGAAUUGUCCCCGGAUGCGAGAAAAACAAGGGGUCCAUCUUACAACGAGCUGUGGCCUACAUCCAACAGCUAAAAGAUAAUGAGGCUGCAACCCUCGAAAAAUGGACGCUGGAGAAAUUGUUAACAGAUCAAGCUAUGAACGAAUUGAACCGUCAGGUGGAGAUGUUAAAGGCGGAAUUGGAUCGCACUAGACAAGAAAACAAUUACCUCAAACGGCAGUUGGAAGAUGCAUCAAGUUCGGAAAUCAAACGUUUAAAAACCGAAUCCUCCCAACAGGAUGCAUCAUCAAAAAAUGCGUAGACGAUGCAUUCACUAUUCCAUCAUGCUUUGCCUUGUUCUAUGUCUGCGGAUAACCUUCCCAUUCUCUUAUUUUCCCUAUAUUCUUUUUUUUUUGUGAAUUCCUCAGAAGCUUAACAAUCUAUUUUAAUUUUUCCUUUGACUGCGCGUUGCCUUUAUGAAUAUCACUUGAUUUGGAUGAUGAUCACAUGUACACUUUUUUGCCCACUUUUUUCAAAUGGCGCAAACAAAAAUCCGUCGCUUUUUCACGGAGUUUGCAGCUGUCUAUUUGACUAGUGGU